AUGGAGGUGCCAGUGGAGAUUGCUGAGCCGGACACCCUUGACGUCAAUGACGAGCAGUGGUUUCAGGGGCUUUCUUGGUCUUCGCGCAUACAAGGAUACUUGCUCUUUACAGCGCUGGGGUUUUUCUCCAGCGCAAUGGGGUGGGUCGCGCUGGGCAUUGGAUAUUAUUGGAAGUAUUCGGUUUUGUCAACGCUUGGGAGCGCAAUGUCUUUGGCGAGUACACUGAUCAUUAUGGGCCCCCACGCUCAGCUUCAAUACAUGUGCGAUGAGUACCGACGCACAUCCUCCAUGCUCUACAUUGGAUCGCUGCUCCUGACUUUUGUCGUUGCCUUUACGUUGAAGUCCGCUGUGUUGUGUCUGAUUUGUGGGUUGCUUCAGUACGCGUGCUUGAUAUGGUAUUCGCUUUCAUACGUUCCCUAUGGGCGAGAGGCUGUGUUGACGUUCGUUGCCCGUUUUUUCCCCUGA